GCGCCUUGCGGGCGGCGGGGGCGGCGCGAGGUCGAGCUGAGGGAGCGGCGCGCGAUGAGCGGCGCCAUGUCGUGCUGCCGCCUGGCCGCCGCCGCGCUGCGCCCCCUCAGCUCCGUGCAACGCGGCCGAUCCGCCGCAGUUUUGCAAUGCCAUCACCUGAGAUACCCUUCGAGAGCACUGACAUCUUCAGGUGUUCCUGGCAAAGCUAGCAGCAACCUACUGCUGUAUUUAAUUGUGGGAGGAACAGUCACUGGGACAGGAGCUUAUGUAUACAAAACAUUGAGGGAAAACAAGGAGAGAUUCACCAGCCGUGUCACAACAGUAACAACACGGUCCCAAGAAAAGGAAUCAUCUCCUUCUGCUUCAGAAGCUCGCCCUGAGGUCCCAUCUCAUGUUCCUUUCCUGCUCAUUGGUGGAGGAACUGCUGCUUUUGCUGCUGCCCGAUCUAUUCGGGCUCGUGACCCCGGUGCCCGGGUACUGAUUGUGUCUGAAGAUCCAGCACUGCCCUACAUGCGUCCACCUCUCUCCAAAGAGCUGUGGUUUUCAGAUGAUCCCCACGUAACAGAGACUCUGCGGUUCAAACAGUGGAAUGGCAAAGAAAGGAGUAUAUAUUUCCAGCCACCAUCAUUCUAUGUGCACGCUCGUGAUUUGCCUUUUGUAGAAAAUGGUGGAGUAGCAGUUCUCAGUGGCAGGAAGGUUGUGCAUAUGGAUGUGAGAGGCAACACUGUGAAACUCAAUGAUGGUACCCAGAUAUCCUAUGAUAAAUGUCUAAUUGCAACUGGUGGUUCCCCAAGGAACCUGCCCGCCAUCGAAAGGGCUGGAAAAGAUGUACAACAACGGCUGACGCUGUUCCGAAAGAUUGAGGACUUCAGAAGUCUGGAGAAGAUUUCAAGACAAGUCAAGUCCAUCACAAUUAUUGGUGGUGGUUUUCUUGGCAGUGAGCUGGCCUGUGCUCUGGGAAGAAGAGCACAAACCAGAAACCUGGAGGUGAUUCAGCUGUUUCCAGAGAAUGGUAAUAUGGGCAAAGUCUUGCCUGAAUAUCUGAGCAACUGGACCACAGAGAAAGUCAGAAGAGAGGGUGUUAAUGUUAUGCCUAAUGCUGUGGUCAAGUCUGUCUCUGUUUCUGGAAAUCGGCUGGUGAUUAAACUGAAAGAUGGCCGAAAGGUGGAGACUGAUCACAUUGUGGCUGCAGUUGGGCUGGAGCCUAAUGUGGAAUUAGCAAAGUCUGCUGGUCUGGAGGUGGAUUCUGACUUUGGAGGGUUCAGGGUGAAUGCAGAGCUGCAGGCACGCUCCAAUAUCUGGGUGGCUGGGGAUGCUGCUUGCUUCUAUGAUAUCAAACUAGGUAGAAGACGUGUAGAGCACCAUGAUCACGCUGUUGUGAGUGGCAGACUAGCUGGAGAGAACAUGACGGGAGCUGCAAAGCCCUACUGGCAUCAGUCUAUGUUCUGGAGCGAUCUGGGUCCUGAUGUGGGCUAUGAAGCAAUCGGCCUCGUUGAUAGUACCUUGCCAACAGUAGGGGUCUUUGCUAAAGCAACAGCAAAAGACACACCAAAAUCUGCAACAGAGCAGUCAGGGACAGGUAUUCGAUCAGAAAGUGAAACAGAAGCAGAAGCCUCAGAAGUUCCCAUUUCUCCAAGCUCUUCACCAACGCCUCAAGUUCCAAAAGAAGGAGAAGAUUAUGGCAAAGGUGUCAUUUUCUACCUCAGGGAUAAAGUGGUGGUAGGAAUUGUAUUAUGGAACAUCUUCAACAGGAUGCCCAUUGCUCGAAAGAUCAUCAAAGAUGGGGAGGAGCAUGCUGAUCUCAAUGAAGUAGCAAAGCUUUUCAACAUCCAUGAAGACUAAACUCCAGGAUCAUUGCAAUAGGAAUGAGUAGGGCUGUGUUUGUCCCUGCGGUUUGGAGAACUUGCUUUGAGCACUUGUGAAUAUUUCCCAUCACCUAGAGUUCUAAUAUUUCACCAAUAAAAUCAGAUUCUUCUAAGUUAAGUGCCUCCUUCCUGCACUUGUGCAUUGCUGGUUUUGAAAGGGCAGUAUGUCGCGUGCUGCUGCUGUUAGUUUUUCCCUCUUAUCAACACCAGAGAAGCCUGCAGAGGUGUUUGUUUUCUCACAGCACUGCCUGGCUGGUGAGCUUUCUGUCCUGACUGGGUGGAGGGCUGUGCUUGUUGUAACAAAUGCUGCCAGCAUAGGAAAAUUCUGCCCUGAUGGGAUGAAAUAGCCCAUGGAGGAACUGAUAGGUAUAACCUGCUACAAUCAGGCUGCCUGGAGACCCUCCAGCUCACUUCCCCUCCUUCUGUCUGUGAUUUGAGUCAGGGACCCUAAAAACUUCAGUGCUGCUGUUGAUUUGUCCUGUUCUACUCAUACUUGCACCGCAUUGUAUCACGUUGGGCAAGUGUGGAACCUCACCUUGGUGUUGGGAUGGGAGCACUGAAAUGAGCCAUCUACCCUCCCAAUUUUUGAGGCUGUUCUUUGCUGCUCUGUUGUUCCCAUAUGAAUGAUGCCAUGUGCAGUGCUCGUACCCCUCAGGGUGGUGGGGCACAGCCCAGGCUUUCCUUUCACAGUCCUGCAUUGUUAGGGCAUUCCUGCUCCCCUUGAUCUCCAGUUUUACAGUCUGAUCAGCAACUGGAUAGACGUGAUGGAGAACCUUACUGGGUCUAAUGCUGAAGGCACACCCAGACAGGGCUUUUAUUACAGGGAUUGGAAUGGGCCUGCAGUGUGUCAAAAAGCUCAGGAGCUCCUCCACUAUUUUCUCCAGGUCUCAGGGAGGGGCACCAGGGAACCACAGCUCUUGCCAGAGCUUCAGACUGAGCUCAACGAAGUACAAAGGGCAGCACGAGGCCAGUGUAUGCACCCAUGGAGAGCUAGGAGAAAACCAAAGUGAGAAGCAAGAAAUGUUAUUUCUUCAGGCUGGGUUUGCUCACCACGAGAUGCCCCCUCCCUCUCAGAGUUCUUUGUUUUGGCACAGAGUGAUGAUGAGAAAGGGGAGCUGGCAAACCACGCUGUCCAGACGUGGGCACAGGGGGAGGGCAGCCUGGCUGCCAGCAGAGUUGCUGCAUCCUCCUGCCCCUGGCAAGGCCCAGGGAAGCAGUGCAGCCGCUCUCCCCCAGGUGAGGAGCUACAGCACGUGUUUCAGUCCUACACAGGUUAGUGAGCGACUGCUGCAGUGUUGGGGCUCAUCCUGCUGGUAGCAACACACCAAUGCUAGCACACCUCCCACAGUGCUGCAACAACUCCCCCCUGAACUGAGCCAGGGCAGAACUGCAGGCAUGGAGACCUCCCCCAGCCCUCACACUACCAACAGCACAUCCCCCUCCCCAGGCUUUGGGCCCUGGCUGAUGGGAGGGAGCUGAAGUCCCUCCCUCCACUGCAGCCCCACAGCUCUGCUGGGCACAGCAGGCACCAUACAAAGAAGAAGAGGCAAGAGACAGGGGGCCUGAUGCAGGUUUUUUUCUGUACAUAAGUGUUUUUGACACCACAGCCUGUUGCUUAUAAUAAAACAGAAAUCAGAAAGAGCAGCCAGAAUACACACCCAAAGGCAAAAAUCCUCGGCUUAAAAAAGGAGUGGCCAGACCCCAGUGAGGGGAGGCCAGCAGCUGGGAGUCCAAGGGGGAAAAGGUACACCUGCCCUGGCUGGGAAGAAAAACAACACAAAGAAAAAACGAACCAAAAACAAAAAAA